AACGCCCAACUUCCUCGACAAGCCCCGAACCAGCGACAACCACGAGGAAUCGUCCAAGAUGUCGACCAAGCAGAAGAAGACCGGCGGCAAGCAGCGCUCCGCCAUCGCGGACGUUGUCGCUCGCGAGUACACCAUCCACAUGCACAAGCGCCUCCACGGUGAGACCUUCAAGAAGCGUGCUCCCCAGGCCAUCAAGCAGAUCAAGCUCUUCGCCGCCAAGUCCAUGGGCACCACCGAUGUCCGCCUCGACCCCCAACUGAACAAGAAGGUCUGGGAGCAGGGUAUCAAGGGCGUUCCUUACAGGCUCCGCGUCCGCAUCUCGCGCAGGCGAAACGACGAGGACGGCGCCAAGGAGAAGCUCUACAGCUACGUGCAGGCUGUCAACGUCAAGAACCCCAAGGGUCUCCCGACGGUUGUCGUCGAGGAGUAAAGUUUUCCUCUCUAUGGCAAUGGUUCAAACAAGGGCGGCAUCGGCAUUAAGGAGUUGUAUGGGUCUUUAGCUUUUCCCACCACCACGAUUACUUCAGAGGAAAUGCGAGAGAGGCUUGAUUCCCCGACGAAUCCGAACG